AUGAAGAAAAGGGAAAUAAGAAAAAUCUUAUUUCUAUACCUACAGAUCAUUGUCUUCUACUCAUUUAUGGUUAGCUCCAUGAGACGUGGAAAACAUCACAGCCGAAUAAAAAGCGAGUUGAAAAUUAUAAAAAGAGUAAGCCAUUUUGGUAAAAAAAAAAUAAGUACAGUUAAAUGCCAUUCAUUGCUUUACUUAAAAAAUUGCGACCUAAGAAACAGCAAGGCAAGGAACAGCUACCUGAGGGACAUACUUGAACAUAUGUCCGGAGGUCAGCCCCUGAGGAAUUCAAACAUUGAGCAGUACAACCUAACACCAAAGCUGAAAAAAACCGUGCAGUUCUUUCAAGCGCUUCCAAAUGAUCCCUAUCGCAACCAAGAAGUGAUACUGUUGGGGAGGAAGUGCCCGCCCAUGCCGGAGGAAUUAAAAAACAGGCAAAACCAAGUGUUGGGGUGCCAGUCAACUGUGUACGUUCACCCCAAGGUGGAGACCCAUGAGGGGAAGAAGAUAAUUACGUGGUUAGGGGAUUCAGCACAUAUAGACUGCUUAAUUUUUUGCUCACUUUGCUGCCCCACAGACGGACUACUUACCAAAGGAAUUGUGUACAUCUUAGUGGAUGGCCUGAGUGGUUACCCCCCUGAGGAAAUAUUACGCGUAAACCCAAACUUCAUUGCGCUGACCGGCAUCUCGGAAUUUCUCACCAUGAGCAGAAUAAAUGGCUACUUAAACAUUAUGAACAAAAUGAAGGCGUUCUCCACGAGCAUUAUGAAGAACGAGGAGAACUGA